GCUCGGUGCCCACCCGGACCCUUUGGCGACUGCGCUAGCGGAACCCAGGCGGUCCGGGCUGGGUGCCUGCUGGGACCUGUGCGGCGGUGGCGGCAGUGCGGGCGGAAGUGCAGCGUCUUCAGCGACGGCCUGGCCAGGGCCAUGCAGACCCCGAUGCCCAUUCCUAUGCCAGUGCCAGUGCUCCGCCUUCCUCGGGGCCCUGAUGGCUUUAGCCGAGGCUUUGUCCCUGAUGGACGCAGGACCCUCCUGAGGCCAAAAGUUCCAGAAGUCGGAGGAGAAGGUUGUAUUCAAGACCCCCCAGAAUUGCAGGAACAGCGGGCCAGAGCCGCUCUCCGAGAGCGCUACCUCCGCAGCCUCCUAGCCAUGGUGGGCCACCCUGUGAGCUUCACGCUGCAUGAAGGUGUGCAUGUGACCGCUCAGUUUGGAGCCACAGACCUGGAUGUAGCCAACUUCUACGUGUCCCAGCUGCAGACUCCCAUAGGCGUGCAGGCAGAAGCCUUGCUUCGAUGUAGUGACAUCAUUUCCUAUUCCUUCAAGCUGUAAAGAUGGGUGUCUCCCUGGUAGGCUUUGCCACAGUAUCCUUGGUCUCCAGCUGUUCUUGGGCCACAGAGCUCUCCGCACCUUCUCAGACUUCCACAUCCUGUUCCAAGGAACUCUAGCUUCACUCCAAACACACCUGGUGCUGCGAGUUGAUAAUCCCAGCUCUCAAGAGGCUGUGGUGGGAAGAUUGGAAAUUCAAGGCCGGUUCAUGCUGCAUUGGGAGAUGACUACAUUCUAGAUCUCAUUUAUUAAAAGUACAGUACUACCUCAGAACACUGAACUUCACAGCAACAAGGCCCCGAGGCUAGUCCCUAAGGCCAGGGUGGGGUGGGAGGUGGGCUCUAAGAACAGCUGAGGUGGGUGGGCACUGAAGAGCUCUGAAGCUGCUUCUCAAUCUCCCCUCCUGCCAAAGAAACCAUCAUCCAA